UCGAACACAACUGAGAGAGCUAGAGAUUUGCGCACAGCAACCUCAUAACGCGUAAUUCAACAACUUCUGAGAGUGAUGCUGAACCAAGCCAUACUCGCAUCCUACUUUUUCGGGGAAGAUAUGCAGUAACUACAGCCCCCACACAUUUGUUUUUUUCUUUCAGAAUAACUCUGGGCUGUGUCUGCCUUACAAAUUGUUAACGAUAAUAAUACCAAUAAACGGCGGCAGUUAUUAGCAGCGAUUUCAGACCGUAACAUUCUUUCCUACAUGAGUCGUGGAUCUAAUACAAGUGUGUUCUAGUAAGAGAGCUGGCAAAUGUGCAGAUCGAUGAAAGGGACUCUGUAUGACAGAUUUCACAAUUUUGAACUCCUAACAAGAAUAUACAGUUGAAAUCCCUCAUAUUGCGAAAGAGACGACUUGGACCAUCGGUGUCAUCAUUCCGUUGGAAUUGCACAGCAGCUUGCCCAAGAUAUCUGAAGAGGAAUUAUUCUGUUUCUCAAAAAUAUAACAAAGUAACUGAAUAACAAUGUGUUUUUUUAAACGGUUCGGACCACAGACUGCACAAAGCAAGGAUAAUUUCCAGUAGUCGGAUUUAAUUUGAUCAAUACGUUAUUAUAUUUCGGUUACCGGAGGAAAUUUUUUUCUCACCCCCCCCCCCCCCCAUUCCUUCCUUAUCCGUUCGAUUCAUGGCACAUCAUCUUCUAAAGCACUGAUGUCGCUACGUAUCGGGAUUUGCUAAUAAUUUCGCAUUUUGCUUCAAGGAAUUAAAGAGCUGCAGCCUUACAGUGAAGGUCCUCCCCCAUACUGAAUAUGGACUUAGCCUGUGAGGCGCACCUGCUGGUGGUUCUGAUCACCUGCCUGGCCUUGCAGUCCUGGGCCCAGGAGAAGGACUACACGGUGCGGGAGGAACUGCCUGAGAACGUACGGAUUGGAAACCUGCGCAAGGACCUGGACCUGGCUCUGGACCCCAGCUUUAAGCUGUCAUCACCGUUGCAGUUCAAACCUGUCUACAAGACUGGUGAUGUGCCUUUAGUGCGGGUGGAGGCCAACACGGGAGAGAUCUUCACCACCUCCAACCGCAUUGACCGUGAGAAGCUUUGCUCGGGCAUCUUCAACGAGAAGCGAUGCUUCUACGAGCUGGAGGUGGCAGUGCUGCCCGACGAGAUCUUCCGGCUGGUAAAGAUCCGCUUCCUGAUUGAAGACAUCAAUGACAACGCCCCCUUGUUCCAGUCCACUGUCAUCAACAUCUCCAUCCCCGAGAACACGGCCAUUAAUUCUCGCUAUCCCGUCCCGUCUGCUGUGGACCCAGAUGUGGGGAUCAAUGGAAUUCAGCACUACGAGCUUGUGAAGAGUGUGAGUGAAUUUGGACUGGAUAUCAUCGAGACCCCUGAGGGUGACAAAUGGCCGCAGCUCAUAGUCCAGCAGAACCUCGACCGUGAACAGAAGGACACCUUUGUGAUGAAGAUCAAAGUGGAAGAUGGAGGGACUCCUCCAAAGUCCAGCACUGCCAUCCUACAGGUCACCAUCUCUGACGUAAAUGACAACAGGCCGGUGUUCAAAGAGAGUGAGAUUGAGGUGAAUAUUCCAGAAAAUGCACCCGUGGGCACGUCAGUCACCCAGAUUCACGCAACGGAUGCCGACCUAGGCUCCAACGCACAGAUCCACUUCUCCUUCAGCAACCAGAUAUCCGCUGCCACCAAACGACUCUUUGCAAUUGACAGCAACACUGGCCUGAUCACUGUUAGGCAGCCCCUGGACAGGGAGAUGACUCCAGUUCACAAGCUCAUCGUCCUGGCUAGUGAUGGAAGCUCCACACCAUCGAGGGCAACAGUGACAGUCAAUAUCACAGACAUUAAUGACAAUGUGCCGUCCAUAGACACCCGUUACAUAAUGAACCCCGUUAAUGGCACCGUCCUACUAUCUGAAAAUGCCCCCCUUAACACUAAAAUAGCCCUGAUCACUGUGACAGACAGGGAUGCUGAUCUGAAUGGGAAAGUUACUUGCUACACUGACCAUGAUGUACCCUUUAGGCUGAAGCCUGUGUUUGACAACCAGUUUCUGCUAGAAACGGCAGCUCCUCUAGAUUAUGAGAUUACUAGAGAAUAUGCAAUUAAAAUUGUGGCCUCGGACUCAGGAAAGCCUCCCCUGAACACUUCAGCUAUGGUCCUCAUAAAGAUAAAAGAUGAAAAUGACAAUGCUCCCAUCUUUCCUCAGCCUGAAAUUCAGCUGUCCAUUCCAGAGAACAAUGACCCUUCAACACAGUUGAUAAAAAUCAGUGCCACAGAUGCGGACAGUGGUCGUAAUGCUGAAAUAACUUACUCCCUAGGCCCUGACCCACCUGACGGCUUUAACAUCGAUCGCCGGUCAGGAAUCCUUUCUGUUGGGAAGAGGCUCGACAGGGAAAAGCAGGAGAAGUACACAUUCAUUGUCAUUGCACGGGAUAAUGGCUCCCCUGCUCUACAGAGCAACGUGACGGUGAAGGUGAUGGUCCAGGACAUUAAUGACAAUAGCCCAGCCUUCACUCACCCUGAGUAUAACUUUUACGUGCCUGAAAACCUGCCACUGUAUGGUACAGUGGGCUUGAUCACGGUCACGGAUGCAGAUGCUGGCGACAACGCGGUGGUCACCCUCUCUAUUCUGAAUGGCAAAGACAAUUUCAUAAUUGAUCCAAAAACUGGUGUGAUAAAGCCAAACAUUACUUUUGACAGGGAGCAGCAGAGUUCCUACACCUUUGUGGUGAAGGCAGUGGAUGGCGGUAGGCCGCAGAGCACCUCUUUUGCCAAGAUCACAAUAAACGUUGUGGAUGUAAAUGACAAUCGACCUGUGUUUGUCAUACCUUCGUCUAACUACUCCUACGACCUGGUCCAGUCUACUACCAGCCCUGGGUCUGUGGUGACAAGAGUCUUUGCCAUAGACAAUGACACUGGAAUGAAUGCAGAACUACAGUACAGCAUUAUUGGUGGGUCUCAAAGGGGUCUGUUUGCUAUAGAUAAAACAACUGGUAACAUCACGCUGCAGGAGAAGAUUGUUGCUGCUGAUCAAGGCUUGCACAGGCUGGUGGUACAGGUCAAAGACCUGGGACAGCCGGAGUCAUUGCAUGCCAUUGCCCUGGUUCACCUAUUUGUGAAUGAAACUGUGUCCAACGCUUCCUUCAUCCAAGAGCAGCUACGCCGGAGCAUGGAGACCCCGUUGGACCGCAAUGUGGGGGACACUGAGGUCACACCCCAGGCCAAUGGCUAUGUCAUCGUGGUCAUUGCCAUUAUUGCAGGGACAAUGACUGUCAUCCUGGUCAUUUUUGUGACCGCCCUGGUGCGCUGCCGCCAGACACCCAGGCACAAGGUGGUUCAGAAGGGUAAGCAAAGCGGUGAGUGGGUGUCGCCCAAUCAGGAAAACCGUCAGAUCAAAAAGAAGAAGAAGAAAAAGAAGAGGUCGCCCAAGAGUCUGCUGCUGAACUUUGUGACUAUCGAAGAAUCAAAGCCAGAUGACCCCACCCACGAGCACAUCAAUGGCACACUGGACCUCCCAGUGGAGCUGGAGGAGCAGACCAUGGGGAAGUACAACUGGGCCACCACUCCAUCCACCUUCAAACCUGACAGUCCAGAUUUGGCAAAGCACUACAAGUCUGCUUCUCCUCAGCCUACCUUCCAGAUUAAACCAGAGACCCCCGUCGCCCCCAAGAAGCACCAUGUCAUCCAGGAGCUCCCCUUGGACAAUACCUUUGUGGUGGGCUGUGACUCACUUUCCAAGUGCUCCUCCAGCAGCUCCGACCCCUACAGUGUAUCUGAGUGCAGCUGUCAAGGGGGCUUCAAGGCGCCUGGGCAAAUCCACACCCGACAGAAUCAGAGCCAGACCCCUGACAAGUCAUUCAGCUCAGUUCCGCCCACGUGUCCACAUAAGAUCAUGGUCGCGGUGGCAACAGGGCAAGCAGAGCAGCCCAGAUGUCCCUCUCCACAGCAACUUCUGCCAACUCAUCCCGGUGGAUCCCAAGGCGAUCCCAGGCCAGCCGGUGGAUCUAAUCCCUCCAGCGUGUCCGAGACGCAGCGGCGCGUGACCUUUCACCUCCCAGACGGCUCUCAGGAGAGCUGCAGUGACAGCGGCUUGGGCGACCCGGAGCCCAGUAGCAGCGCCAGCACCACCCAGCCUCUGCCCCUGGGCUUCACGCAGGAGGAGUACUAUGAGCAGACCUCUCCCAACAGUCGUACCGAAGGAGACGGGAACUCAGACCCCGAGUCCACCAUUGAAGUGAACCUGCAGAAAGCCCUAGCUGAAGCUUCAGAGACCUGCACUCAGGAAUGCCUGAUACUGGGCCACUCCGACAGCUGUUGGAUGCCUCCAGCAUUGACCCAGUUCCAGCCAUCCAGCAACACCACAGUGCCCACCUUCAGCUUCCAGCAGGCCUGGGCCCGCGGUGCCAAGCUGGAUGGGCGUCACACCCUCGGCAGGUCGGUGCCCAAAGACGAUCUCGACAAGGGAAGCAACCGGCCGCAGUUCUACAACACACUGGAGAGACACUGCGGGAAGAAGGAGGACCCUGUCAAGGUCAUUCCUCUGGCCAACUUCAACCCAUCUGCCCAGCAGACAACGGCGACUGGGAGCACUGCUGGCUUUGUCCAUGAGCAUCAGCUAUAAGAGCACACUUCUGGGAAGCUCGCCCCCUGCUGGAGUGUAUGACAAGUGUAAGACUUGUCAUUUGGUGUCUGUGCCAUGUACCAGGUAGCGGUGUAUGUGAGUGAAGGAAGAUUCAGAAAAGAAAAAGAAAAGCUUGCCAAUGUUCACAUCAAAGUAUAUUUAUGGCAAAUAUAAUGGCAGUAUCCAUGACUCUAAUAUCAAUGUUACCGAAUAGGAAAAAAGGCAGUGUUAUUUGAAGAAAAAAAAAAAAAAAAACUUGUGGUUUUGUCAUAUGCUUCGAAAUCAGUUUCUGUACAUAGAAGGUAGUUCUAAACCAAAGUAGCUCCUCAACUGAAGAACAAAAGAGAAGUCAUGAAUGUUUGGUAGGUAGUGGCUAAUAUAAAAAAGCUACAGAAAUAUUUAUUUGAAAUGAUAGUGAUGAUAUAUAUGGGAAGACUGUGUAUGUGACUUUAAAAUGCAAUUUGUUGUAGUGGGAGUUGGGGUGUUAUGGUUAUUCAGUUUAUUAACUUUCAUGUUGCAUUAUCUUUAAUUUUCACAGCUUGAGUAGUCACUACAAUUGAAAUUGAAGUGUUUUAAUUACAAAUGUUAGACUAAGGACAAAGCACCAUUGUGGUCAACCUCCAUGCCCUAGUUUUGAUCAUUUGAGAAGUUCUCAAACUUUGAAAUUGACUGGCUUAUUUUUUGACAUACAUUACCAGCUCUAAUGAUGGGGCAGGCUAGUUUCCUUAGAUCCUUGGCACGUUCAUUGCUUUCACACUUUUGACACCUCCACUCUUCUCCCCCUAUUAAGAACCUGCUCAUUUCCAACGUUAUCUCAUUAGCAUGGGAGUCAUGGAAGUCACAGGCAAAUGAACAAAAAAAGAGAACAAAAAAUAAAGCAAUUCUUUUGUUCCAAUUCUUUUCCACAUCAAGGUUUCCUUUUUAAAAAGGGGGAGGGGGGAGAGAAACAUACAAUUUAUGCAUCAUAAUAAGUGCUAUGGAGCCAAUUAUGAGAAUCUCCCCCUUGUAUAAUUACUUUGAUCUGUAAUCAACGGAACAGUCGUAGUUGUGGAAGACUGCACUUUGAGACUUUAAUUGGCUCAGAGUUUUUUUUUUUUUCUACCUUUGCUGCAUGCUCUGCUCCUCUCCGUAAUAGUGUUGAGUGAUAGUCACUGGCUCAGAAGCUACUGAAAGGACAUAGCCACUUCCCACAAUUAUUCAAAGAGUAAAAGAAGAGACACAUUACACUUAAGUCUUUAUCAUUUCUGUAAAUAUGCCAGAACACUGAAAUUUAGCUUUGAAUCCUGUUCUGUAUUUAACACCUUUUGUGAAAAAGAAAGUGAUGUUUAUUGCAUGACCCCAAUUAAGGGCCAACACAAGUAAUUUUUGGAACGCUGCACUGUUAUUAUUGAUCAAUCUCCAAAUAUCAUGAGAUAGAGGCCAGUUUCUGGAAAGCUGCUAUCAUAAAGGUAUGGUUUCCAACAUAUAUAUAUAUAUAUAUGUGGAUAUUGUAUUAAUAAAGGAAAGAUUCACAGUAACCAUGCAAAACAUUUGCCCAUGUGAAAUGACCACUGUAAACUCUUGUAAAUGGAAAUGUGUAACAUUAUUACGCAUGUAGCUUACUCUUGGAAUAUCUGACUUCUUCUGAAAGACAGGAUCCAGAAAGCAGUCAGUAGCACUUCACAGCUCUGAUACCAAUUUCUCUGUGCCUGCUGCUUUGUCCUUGUGCCUGUGUAAUAAGCUUUGUAAAAAGAUAUCUUAAAUUGUUACCCCUACGUAAGAACACAAAUCUGUUCAUUCGUACUUAGAAGUGACUCAUUGAAGGUUCUUUCUCACAUGAGAAAUUUAAGAAACAUAUAAUGCAACAUUAGAAAUGCUAUGUCCACAUCAAAUGUGCAGUACAAGAUUAAAAGUGAGCGAAAAUGAUCUUAAACAUCAUUACAUUUUUUUUUUCAUAUACUAAAAUAGCUAACGGAACCCCUAUGUUAUCACUCACAACAUCAGUUGCUUUUUAAAAUUGAUGUUCAGAAUCAGCAUCAGAAUUGUAACACUGCUCUGGAAUCAUUUAUCAUGUGCAAGUACAUGACAUUUUGCAUUGAGCACAUGUCACAAAAUUAAUAUGUGUAAUAAAAUAAAAAACGCAGGGCUUUGCAAAAACAGUUUCAGAGGGGACAGGCAAGUACAACUAUAAAUAAGUUUUUUUUGUUUUUGUUUCUCCCAACACUCUCACUUAAUUCCAGAUUAAGAAAAGGUGGACUCCACUGAUCCUAAUUCCAUUCAUCUGUACUGCCUUUUUUUUUUUUUUUUUUUACUAUUAUUUACAGUAAAAGUUUCAUCAUUUUUUAUUCAAAACUUAAAUUUCCAAUCGGGCCUAUUAUAUUGCUUCCCAUUUAACAACAAGAAAACAAAUAAACAAAUAUUAUUCAGUCAAUCAAACUAAUAUAUUCUAGUAUUUUGGAAUGUGAAGUGGUUCUUGUGAUACUCAAUACUCUCUUAAUGUAACAAAAAUGCAAAUCAAUAUACAUACAUUAAUUAAAUAGCUGGACUAUUAAUUAGCAAAGACAGGGCAAAUGUGUUACUAUUUUCCAGUUCUAUCAGUAAAAUUCAAGCAAAUUUGUGAACUGUAGCACACAGUGUUAGCACACAUCAGUGGUAAUGCUGCUUAGUAUGUUUUGCUGACAGUCAAGGUUUUUCAGGUCAGUGCUCCAAAUAAUGACUUUGUUAUAAAUUAGUCUAAGCACCAGUGAUGUAAUAUGCACCAUAAUAGUGUUAUGUAGAAACAGGGUGGACAUUUGCUUAUUGAAGCAGGAUGGUAGGUACAUUCAUGUCUAGUGAUAGUCACUCAACUGUCUUUAUAAUAGUUUAAAAUCUGGUUACUGCCUGUGGAUCGAAGUGGUUAAAUUGUUAAAUCUUUCUACCCUUUAAAAUCAUUAAUUCCGAAAAUGCAGACUAUGUUUUAAGUAUCCCCACAACUUAAAUUCACCAAUUGUGGCACCAGUUUGUGAAUGCAAACUAAAUGUUUCAGCUCAAUUAUCAAAAUUCAACUGAUCAAACAAAAAGUGUCUGGUUAUUGUGUAUUGUUAUUUAUCAGCAGUUUUAAAAUGAAAUACAAAUGCUAUCAAAUUCCGGCUGUAAAGAUUUUUUUCUCAAAUGACAGAUAUGAAAGAUGGGGAUUCCAGGCUGAUCCUGUGCAACAUUCUCAUUAAACUGUGGAUAAACAAACUGCAUAUGCGCAAGCAUACAUGAAAGUUAUUUUUAAGUCCGGCACUGUAACAGCAGACCUAUGCACAUUGCCAUAUGUACAGAAACAAUCACUGUCAUUUCACACAAAUUAUAUUUAGAUUUUAUUUUUUAGUCUGAUUCCUUUUCUCACAUAACUACUAUUUAGGUGCAGUUAUUGUAGUGAGUCAAUGAUGAACAAAUAUGUGCCAAAGGUUUAACUGAUGAACCAAAACAUGUCAGAAAAAAGAUAAGAUCUACAUGCAAUGAAAUUAUUUUUUUAUAAUACUAUCAUAUGCAUGGCCAUUUUUUCCCUUUUUGUCGUCUGAGAUUUUACUUAUCGAAUAAAGAAAGUUUUUUUUUUUCUUUAUGCAACUAUAUUUCAAAUGGUGUCACAGAUUGUAAAAGUUGGUUAAUACGAUUCAAAUGAGAUAAUUAGCUCUCCCACAUCCUCAUCUGCAUGUGCAACCAGCAAUAGCUAUAGCCUUUAAAAUUACUACUUACUCCCUUGAUGUUCCACGACAACUCAUUUUUCAUCACAUGGCUGUCACUUUAUUUUGUUGUAGUUAUAUUCCCUUGCAGGAAGGAAGGAAUGAUUGUUUUUGCAAACACUGUCUGAAUUGUAAACUUGUCUUGGGACUGAGGAAGUAUAUGUAUAUAUAUAUAUAUAUAUAUAUAUAUAUAUAUAUAUAUAUAUAUAUAUAUCAAGAACAGUAAGAAAUGAAAAAAGCAAAAAAAAAAAAAAUCUAUAAAAUCAGUUGCAUUUAUUUAAGAUAAAAUGUUAACAAAAUACAUGGUUAAAAAAGAAGACAAAACUGUAGCAUCAACCCCAGGGAACUUUAAAAAAAAUACUUUCCCGUUAAAAUGCUUACAUGUUUUAAUUUUUAAAUGAAUAAAUGACAAUCUAUGUUGUAAUAUUAAUACAUAUGCAUAUAUUAAUGUUUGUGUGCAUGUGCGUGUACACAUGUACACACAAA